AUGGAGGAAAUGGUGGUGGAAUUAAACUCUGGGGAACCGUCUGCGCCCGGAUCAGAUCAGGGGGUCGCCAAAGCCUGGGAAUCGGUCACAGCAGCUUUGUGGUUUCAGCUCUGUGGCCUCUGGUCUCGUUCAGGUGGGUUGGAGCAGCUGGGGGCGUGGCAGGCGGAGGGCCGCUGCGGCCUGUCGGGGCCGGGCCCCAGGGCCCUCCAGGACCGGGCCUUCACCACCAUCCGGGCCCUGCUGCUCUUCUCGCCGCCCGCCGUCCUGCAGCAGCGGGUGCUGGAGUUUUACAGCCGGACCUUCUCCGUCUACAUGAGCUGGGAAGGCGGGGAGGACGGCGCCGAGGCCCCCGACGGGGGGGCGUGUCCGGGCUGCGGGGCCCCGGCGCCGCUCUGCUGGUGUCUGGAGGCCCUGCAGCGGCUGCAGCAGCUCAGCCUCGUCCUGUCCCGGCUGCAGCUGCUGGAGUGGGUCAGCGCCGAGGCCGUCACGGCCAUCCUGCACCGCCUCAUCGAGCAGCGCAUGGAGCAGCACUGCCGCGGCGAGUACGAGCGCUCCUUCCUGCUGGACUUCCAGGAGUGGCUGGAGCUGGUUCUGGGUUGGCUGGGGAAGGUGUUCGCCACCAAGGGGGGCGGAGCCGCGGCGGCCGCCAUGGAUCCCAGCGCUCCCAGUACUCCCAGCGCCUGCGGCGGCCCGGUUCUGAAGCAGUGGCGGUGCCACAUGCACCAGUUCUUCUGCAGGAUCUAUGUCAACAUGAGGAUCGAGGAACUGUUCAGCAUCAUCAGAGAUUUCCCAGAAUCCAAACCUGCCAUUGAGGAUCUGAACUUUUGUCUGGAGCGAACCAACCAGCGCCAGCAGCUCCUCACUUCGCUCAAAUCGGCCUUCGAGAGCCGUCUGCUGCACCCAGGCGUUCACACGUCCGACAUCCUCACCGUUUACAUCUCGGCCAUCAAAGCUCUGCGGGAACUGGACCCGUCCAUGGUGAUCCUGCAGGUGGCGUGCCAGCCGAUCCGGAAGUACCUGCGAACUCGUGAGGACACGGUGCGGCAGAUCGUGGCCGGGCUGACGGGCGACGCCGAGGCCUGCUCCGACCUGGCCUCCGAGCUCUCCAGGGGCGACCCCGUGACCCUGGAGAUGCAGGACAGCGACGACGAGGCCAACGACCCCGAGGACUGGGCUCCGGAUCCCACCGACGCCGUUCCCGACAAACUGGGCUCCAAGCGGCGCUCGUCCGACAUCAUCAGCCUGCUGGUCAGCAUCUACGGCAGCAAGGAAAUCUUCAUCGACGAGUACAGAACCGUUCUGGCCGACCGACUGCUGCACCAGCUCAACUACAACACGGCCAGGGAGAUUCGUAACGUGGAGCUGCUGAAGCUGCGCUUCGGAGAGUCUCACAUGCAUUACUGCGAAGUCAUGCUGAAGGACAUGGCCGACUCUCGCAGGAUCAACAGCCACAUCCGCGAGGAAGAGUCGAAGCUGAGCGAGGAAGAGCAGCCGCCGCUGGCGCUGUCCGCCAUCGUCCUGUCGUCGGAGUUCUGGCCCACGCUGAAGGAGGAGAAGCUGGAGCUGCCGGCCGCCGUGUGCCACGCCAUGGAGGCGUACACAAGGCGCUACGAGAAGCUCAAGGCCAUGCGGACGCUGAGCUGGAAGCCUCACCUGGGCUCCGUCACUCUGGACCUGGAGCUGGAGGACCGGACCCUCACCAACCUCACCGUGUCGCCGAUCCACGCCGCCAUCAUCCUGCACUUCCAGGAGAAAAGCUCGUGGACCCUGGAGGAGCUGAGCGUGAAGCUGGGCGCCCCCAAGGAGCUGCUGCACAGGAAGCUGGGGCUGUGGCAGCAGCAGGGCGUCCUGCGGGAGGAGGCGGCCGGCCGCUACGCCGUCAUGGAGACGGGCGCCACGCGCGACAGGCUGGACCGCGGCAUGAUGCUGAUCGACAGCGACGAGGAGCGCGACUCCAACACCACCACCCAGUCUGAGCAGAGGGAGGAGAAGCUGCAGCUGUUCUGGGCCUACAUCCAGGCCAUGCUCACCAACCUGGACAGCAUGACGCUGGAGCGCAUCCACACCAUGCUGCGCAUGUUCGUCGCCACGGGACCCGUCGUCACGGAGAUGGACGUCAACGAGCUGGAGGCCUUCCUGCAGAGGAAAGUCAGGGAGCAUCAGCUGAUCGUUUCCACCGGCAUCUACAGACUGCCCAAGACCAGCUGAGGAGGACGGGGCGUUCAGGGGAAACGGGAAGAUACAGGACUGGAGGACGGGGCGUUCAGGGGAAACGGGAAGAUACAGGACCGAGGAGGACGGGGCGUUCAGGGGAAACUGGAACAUACAGGACUGAGGAGAAACACCUGACUGCUACAGAUAAAAACCACUGAAUGAAAAGUUUUCAGUGUUUUGCUUCAGGAAAUUAAAACUUUUGAGAUGAAGAUGAAGAUGAUGAUAUUUUUUUCUAAGUUUUCAUUGAAGUUUCAAAACGUUAUGAAGAUCUUUGACUUUAUUUCUGAUGACAGAAUAUCUGAUAUAAAAAAGUUGAUUUAAAAUCUGUAACUCACCAGGAGAUAAAAUUAAAACUCCAGAUUUUACUAAAUCGGUUUUAUUUACUUAUAUCUGCAAUUUAAUUUGCACUAAUUGAUCAAUAAAUCUUAUUUAAAAUAAGAUUUUAAAUAAGAUUUAAAUGAGAUUUAAAUAAUCUUAUUUAAAUCUCAUUGUAUAUUCAAAAUAUACAAUGAGAUCUGAAGUUUAGGUUAUAAUUUAAUACAUUUUCACUACAGAUUUGUUGAUCUGAAGCUUCCAUGCAUCUUGUUCUGUCAUUUAGUUUUAAUCCCACCGGCAACAAUUGACGGACAUUUUUCUAACUUCUGGAACCUCUAAAAUAAUUUAGACUUUUAGCAACUAAUUUGUUUUUAAAUCAAAUAACAGAGUGUCCACUCUAACCAGUAUCACUUAGUGUGAAAGGUCACAUGACCUCCUCACUUCCUGCCUGGAGGUAAACGUCAGUCACAAACCUGAACAAGUCAGUGAAAUAUUUAAAUGAGCAAAUAGAAAUAAAAUAUUUUGUACAUA